AUCAAGUGUCCGUCAGUCCGAACGCCAUCAUGCACGCCUUCCUGAAGACCGGCAAGCUGGGGGCGGGGGCAGGGGGGCCAAGCAGCGGUGAGGGGAGCAAGAAGGCUGCGGUGAAGAAGGCCCUUGUGCCCUGGGUGGAGAAGUACCGCCCCAAGACCGUGGAGGAGGUGGCCUACCAGGAGGAGGUGGUGGCGGUGUUAAGGAAGACUCUUGAGGGUGCUGAUCUUCCCAACCUCCUCUUCUACGGACCUCCUGGCACCGGCAAGACCUCCACCAUCUUGGCUGCUGCGAGACAGCUGUUUGGCGACAUGUUCAGGCAGAGGGUGCUGGAGUUGAAUGCCUCAGACGAGCGUGGCAUCCAGGUCGUUAGAGAGAAGAUUAAACGAUUCGCCCAGACUACCGUGUCCUCUACCAGGCCUGAUGGCCGGCCGUGCCCCUCCUUCAAGAUAGUGAUCCUUGACGAGGCGGACUCCAUGACGCGGCCGGCCCAGGCAGCGCUGAGGCGGACCAUGGAGGUGCAGUCUCGGUCCACCAGGUUCUGCCUUGUUUGCAACUACGUGACGCGAAUUAUUGAGCCUCUGACGUCACGGUGCUCCAAGUUCAGGUUCCGGCCGUUGGCCCAGGAUGUGCUUGAAGAUCGUUUAACCAGCAUCUGCCGCAGCGAGGGGGUGAAAUUUGAAGAGGGGGUGGUGGCGACGGUGGUGGAGACUAGUGGGGGUGACCUGCGCCGCGCCAUCACCUCCCUGCAGUCCUCCGCCAGGCUCCGAGGCGGUGAUGUAGUGCGGGUGUCUGAUGUUCUGGAUGUAACGGGUGUGGUGCCAGACGAGCUGAUCACACACCUGCUGGACGCCUGCAGUGCUAACUCAUACGAGGGAGUGAAGGAGCGCCUGUCUGUGCUGCUGGCUGAGGGUCACGCCGCCAGCCAGGUGAUGAGCCAGCUGCAUGACGUGGUGCUGGCCAACCCACACCUGUCUGACCUCAGCAAGGCGGCCAUUUGUGAGAAGCUGGCGGUGUGUGAGCAUCGGCUGCGGGGCGGUGACGAGUUCCUGCAGCUGCUUGACCUGUCCUGCACCGCCAUGCAGCACCUGGGCCGCGGCGCGUAGAGCAGGGUUGCCAGAUUUACUCAGGGACUUAAUACCAAAUACUUCAAUUUUCAAUACCAGAUUCACUUUUUCAAUACCAAACUAAUGAUAAAAUAUGUUUUCGUAAUUUUUUAGUUGAAAUAAAGUAUAUACUUGGUUAGUGAAGAAGAGCAUCCAAGCCAGCGUCCGUUUCCGUGGCAACUAUGUACAUGUCGAGUGAUAUAAAUUUCUCGAGCAUUUUGUCACUUAUAUUCAGAUGUUUGCAGCACUUCCCAGUCAUUAACAGCGUGAUCCGCAUUCUGAGUAUUGAUUGAAGCAUGGGUAAUUUCAUUCUGUUUCGUACUUUAGUUUUUAUUGCAUUUGCAUUUGAGAAAACUUUCAACAAACGCACUGGUCACUGGGCUUGUGGGGCAAGGUAAUGCGUAUCAUGCCAGUUCAUAAUAUGGUUUAGAAUCAUUGCUUGAGUAAUUCUUUAUUUUACGACCAGAAUACAAUCUCUCUCUCUCUCUCUCUCUCUCUCUCUCUCUCUCUCUCUCUCUCUCUCUCUCUCUCUCUCUCUCUCUCUCUCUCUCUCUCUCUCUCUCUCUCAUUUUCAACAAUAAUAAAGCUUUGUGGGAAUUUAAA